GGACCACUUGAAGACUUCCUCCAGGGUUUCUCGGGAAGCUCACUGCUGUGUGUGUGUGUGUGUGUGUGUGUGUGUGUGUGUGUGUGUAUUAGAUGGACAGGAAACAGUCGGACAUUUCUGCUUGUGGAAGACCGCCUCCAGAAUUCAAAGGCAACCCAAGGGGGUUUUUGUCUUUCUUAGUGGCAGGGGACACACCAUUUAUUCACAAUUCACAAUUGGCUGCCCUUUGGAAUUUCCUGGAUUGAGAAUAUUCACAUCUGGGGCUCAUCCCAAAGAUUCCUGUUGUUCAGCUGGCCUCUUGUAGGACUUAGGCACUGAGAGUUUCCAAAGCUUCCUGCAUCACUCUAAGUCUGGGAAGCUUGGAAAUGAUUGCUGGUGGAACAAUUUGCUCUGGGUGUGUGGUUUUUAUUUUGACAUUGUUUUGGUUUGGGUUUUGUAUUCUUGUUGUCUGGGAUUUUUUAAAUUUCUUAAGCUUUUAUGAUAAUCAUUUUCUUAUAAAUCCCAUUUGGAAAAAUUUGGUUAAAUUUUGAUUUCUGCUCCAUUUUCUGCUGAAUUAAAUUUGUUUUAGCAUAUUUACUUAUGUGGUGGUCCCCUGUAGUGGACAUAGGACAACAUGAGGGAAUCAGUUCUCUUGUUUUACCAUGUGGGUCCCAGUCACUAAACUCAGGUCCUCAGACUCAGUAGCAAGCACCCUUACUGACUGAGCCAUCUUGUUGGCCAAUUCCAAUUUAUCUAUCAAAGCAGUGUAUACAUGCUAAACUUUUAAAAAAGGAUUUAUUCAUUUUUGUAUAUGAGUGCUGUAUUUGCAUGUGUGCCUACACGACAGAGAGGACAUCAGACCCCAUAAUCGAUAUAGUUGCAAGAUACCACAUUGCUGCUGGGAUUGAACUCAGGACCUCUGGAAGAACAGCCAGUGUUCUUAACCACUGAGCCAUCUCUCCAGCCCCAGCUAGACUCCUUAAUAAUGAUCUUUUAGGUCAGAUAUUUUCUUCAGGUAUUUUCUCAAUUAUCUCCCUCGUUUUCGUGUAAGAUAAUUAACACUGACAUUUUAUUUGAUCUCUUAUUGGCUCAACUGACAAUUUUAUUCAGUAAUUUUUUUUUUUGAGACUGGUCUUCUUUAUAGCACAGCCUGGCCUGAACCUCACUCUGCAGUCCAGGAUAGUCAAGAACUCACUACAAUCCUCUGUCUCAGCCACCCACGUGCAAGGAGUAUAUACACGUACCACUGUGCCUGGCUCAAUGUGUACUCUGACAUUCUAGAAUGUCAAUUGUUUUUGGAACUCUGUUGCUGGGCUAAGAACUCCUACGGCUCCUUCCUUUUGACAGUGUUUUCUAGUAAAUUUGUGCAAGUCUCUGCUUCUCUCCUCUAACUUCUUGUGUGCAGGUUUUCUGGGUGAAGCAACACAGUGACUCAAAGGGUCACAGGCAGUGUAUCUGUCAAUGUUUGAUAAGAAUGGCACCUUUAGGCUCAUAUGUUUGGCUGCUUGGUCAUCAGGGAGUGGCACUACUUGAGAAGGAUCAGAAGGUGUGGCCUAGUUGGAGGAAGUGUGUCACUGGGUGGGGGGGGGUGUGCUUUGCGGUUCCCGCUGCCUGCGGAUCAGAAUGCAGCUCUCAGCUAUGUCUCCAGCACUGUGUCUGCACCUCCACCGCAUUUCCUGUCACGACAACAAUAAGCUGAGAGAGUAGGAAGAGGAGGCGGCUGCUGCAGGAGGACUUGGCCCAGGUCGCCCUCAGCCCAAACCUCAUAUAGGAAAAGAAUGAGAUACAAAGUAUUAAUCCUGUUGCUGUUGGUGUUAAUGUCUCUCUAUGCCCAGUAUAGAGAAUACCCUUUCAGUUUAAAGAAACUGCAGAUGACGUAUCAGUGCUGGUCUCUGAAAAACCAACCAGAACUACAGCUCUCAGACUGGUUUAACGCCACAAUGGACUCUACACGCAUGGGCCUGAGAGCUACUAACUGGUCAGCCCCGAUUGUGUGGACUGGCACUUACAAUGAAUUAGUCUUGGCAAAUUAUUAUGAAAAGCAUCCGGUUGCCGUGGGGUUGAUCGUGUUUGCAGUGGGAAGCUACAUUUGGUACUACUUAGGUCGCUUUCUGGAAUCUGCUAAUAUGUUUUUCAUGGUCAACCAGAAGGUCAUCAUUUAUGUCAUGCUGGACGACUUUUCCUCUAUGCCAUGGAUCGAUCUGAGUCGGCAUCGGACACUAAAGAUUUUCAGAGUUAAGCAGGAGAGGAGGUGGCAAGACAUCAGCAUGAUGCGUAUGAAGAUCAUCAGUGAGCACAUCACGGACCACAUACAGUACGAGGUCGACUACAUCUUCUGCAUGGACGUGGAUCAGAUAUUCAAAGCCAAGUAUGGGCUGGAGACUCUGGGGGACUCUGUAGCACAGCUACAUACCUAUUGGUACAAGGAAAGCCCAAACAAAGUACCUUAUGAGAGAAAUGAAGCGUCAGAAGCGUACAUAGCCGUGGGGGAGGGGGACUUUUAUUACCACGCUGCUGUCUUUGGAGGCACAACCACUCAGGUUCUCAAGAUUACCCAGGACUGUGCCCGAGCCAUUAUGAAAGAUAAGAAAAAUAAUAUCGAAGCAGUUUGGCAUGACGAAAGCCAUUUAAACAAGUAUUUCUUUCUCCACCGACCCACUAAACUCCUGUCACCAGAGUACUGCUGGGAUUUAGGUCAGAAUAAGACUCCUGACAUUAAGAGUGUUAAGCUCAUUUGGAAUUAUAAGAAUUAUAAUCUUCUUAGGAGGCACCUGUAAUCUCACAGACCUUCCUUCGCAUUUCUGAAUGAGGAGUAUCAAUUUUGUUGGAAAAUUAGCACCUGGCAUAUUCCGACAAUAAAAAAAAAAUCCAUUACCAAGU